UUCAGUUAGAAACUAGGUGGAGGAAAGAUAAGAAUGCAUGCAUAUAGCCACCCAUCUGAAAAAUACCACUAUUAUCAAUUAAGAAUCUUCAUUUGAAAUUGUUUAAUUUGUUGUUGUUCACUGUUGAUAAACAUUAAAUUCUUCACAGUGCAAGAGCUGAGGGAACUUAAAGAAGGUUUAAAUGCCAGAAGUGAUGAUUAUAAGAUAUUCAUCAUGGAGAAUUCAGAUAUUGAGGCUCCCUUGCUGGAAUUCUUGAAGACUGCAUUUCCAGUCAAAGUUUUUUUUAAACACUGCAGACUUAGAAUUGAAAGCUAAAGUGGUGUCCUUAGUGCACAGACUAGGAAUAAAGGCUGAUAUGCCAGUGAUCAUGCGAAGCGUAAACAAAUAUGCAGCAAGGAAGUUUGUUGACUUCCGAUCACAAACAAAAGUUAAGUUGCUGUCAGGGAAAAAGGACGCUGGAAAUCUGAGUGUUCAGGACCUGGGGAAAGAGUUGUUCCAGAGAUUCUCCCCAGUCCUGAACUAUCAGAUUGAACAGACUACAGUUGUUUUGAGAGCCUUCUGCCAUGAACGAAAGCUAUUCAAGAAAAGGCGAAGUGAGGUUUCCACUUCAAUGGAUUUCUGGUCUGAAUUUAAGACAUUCAGAAGGAUGGUGGAGGAGGACCAGGAUCCAUUGAAGUGGGAAAGGCUGAUGGCCAGGGAAGAAAAGAGGAUUGAGAGAUAUCAAAAGCUCCUCUAGAUUAAAAGAAAGAAGAACAAAGAAUAUACAAUGUGCAGUGACCAGAAAUAAAAUUUAAAUUACCCUGAUCAAAUGCCUUGAGAUUUGUUCAUGUUUAUCUAUAUUCAUGACUAAAUAAUUUGCAGAUUAUUAGAAUUCACAUCAAUUUUAUAUAUUAUUUAUCUCCUGAUAUAAAAAAUUCAUGUGAAGUUCAUGUGAAUUAUAUGUGAAAUUCACGUGAAUUUCAUGUGAAAAAUCAUGUGAAAUUCACAUGAAUUUCACGUGAAAUUCAUGUGAAAUAUUUUCAUGUGAAAUUCAUGUGAAAUUCACGUGAAAUUCACGUGAAUUUCACAUGAAAUUUUUCAUGUGAAUUCACAUUUGAUGCUCUUUUUAUGUGAAAUUCACGUGAAAUUUUUAACGUGAAAUUCAUGUGAAUUUCACGU